UCAUUAUUUUUCUUUCUAAAGCACAAUAAUUAUACAAUAACUCUUAUUUUAUGUGCAUAAAUUCGGAUAGUUCAGUUAAAGACAAACAGGCAAUAAACUAAAUAAUAGUAUAUGAAUUAGUGUGUAUUCUCUCUCUCUCAGUGUAAGAGGUGCAUGUGAAAGGAACAAACUUAUCAAUGAUGGCAGAUCAGGCAGACGAAGACAGUGAAACAUCGGACGAGAGUUUGGACGUCAGAAGCGAGAAAUUCGAUCCAUUGAAGGCAUUAUAUUCGCCUAAAGUGCGUUUGGCGGCCCGCGUACCGAUCUAUGACAAUAUUUCAAAAUUCGAAUCCGUUCUGAAAGGCAUCGAUGUGUCGACGAAAAGUGAUAAAUCAGCCGUACCAGAAUCCUCGAGGGAAAGAAGAUUUUUAUCGCAUCAAGAACCAGUGUCUAGAAAAAGACGUGAACGGAAGGAUAUACUUUCGAAGAUGCAAAACAUCCUCGGCCCAUUAGGAAUGCUUCAUGGAUGCAUGGAGAAUAAAAUCCGAAUUAGGGUCUACACCAGGAACGCGCACGGCAUAAGGGGACACGUGGAGGCAUACGUAGCCGCCUUCGACAAGUUCUGGAACCUCGCACUCGAGGACUGCUUCGAGGUCUGGUCCCGCAAAGUCAAGAGGAAAGCACCCGCUGUCGGUCCUGAUGCAGUCAGAGUAGAGCCAACAGAAAAAGACGUCCCUAAGGUGGUAGUGAAGAAGAUUGAAGGAAAGACGGAGACCUUGGAAAGACACGUGCCGCAGAUGUUAUUGAGGGGAGAACAAGUCGCUAUAAUUGUCAAAAUCAAUUGACUAUGUGUUAUCGUCUUGAGGGCCAUUCCACAAGCAUCGUACCACGUGCAUUCAAUUACAUAGCCAAUUAUGUUUCCUAUCUCAUGUGUGUUUCCUAUUACUCGUUAUUUAUUCCUUUAGAAUAUCUAUAUUUGCGAAAAGUCUUGUAGAACUUUAAUUUUCUCGAAGUAUACCUUGAAUAUACAAUAUUAAUACAAGAACCUCAAUAUUUUAAUUGGAUGGAACGAACCGUCAUCCACUUAUACAGUAUUAACAAUAUUACGUUGCCAAUGUUACAUUGCGAUUUGCAUAACCGGAAUAAAUAUAUAUGUACAUUCAUUUUAU